UCUUACACUACCCGACGUUAUAUAUUAUACUAUAUUGAUUAUUUUAUAUCCCCCUGAUUCGUUUAGAUUAUUGUCGUUACCAAAAUAUCGCUCAAGUCAGCUUCAUGGCCGUCGCUUCACGUGGAGGAAGAGUGCGGACGGCCUGCGAUCUAUGUCGGCAUCGAAGGAUCGGCUGUGAUAGAGUGAAACCAGCCUGUGAGACUUGUUCCCUUGCAGGGGUGCCUUGUACUUUCACUCCCACGGUGCAGCAACGAAAAAGUGUCCGCGAAGAGCUAGCCGAUGCCAAAGCCAGGGUGCGCCAGUUAGAAGAGGCACUGAGGGCGGAGAGAGAGACCCGUCUGAAUUCAGAGCAUUACACGCCAGCGAAAGUUCUUCAAGGGGCAACCAGUUUUCUAGAGACCCCCAGCCAAUACCUCAAUACAUGGUCAGCCACAACUUAUUUACUCGAAUCAUACAGCUUUGAUGCAGCGCUGUCAAACUUUCGGUGGCAUCUUGCAUAUUGCGGUCCCCGCGCCGCUCCUUUUGCUCUGACGCCAUGUUUCUCCUCUACCGUUUACGAGCGGACCGGGUUCGACCUCAAUGUUGAUGAUUUCUUAAACCAGCUAGCCCAUUCAUUCAAGUUGCAAUAUCCAACACAUUCGACGAGGACAAUUGUUCCAAAAUGGCCCCCGCAGCCUCUGAUCCAGCGUUCAAUAGAGUACUUUUCAAAAAACAGACUCUAUUCUAUCUUCCCAGCGGUCGACUUUGAAAACACACCUAUUCACCUCGACCCAAAAGCCCUAAAUCAUCCCGAAAAUACAACUAAUCCUGCUAACUAUGCAUGUCUGGUUGCUUUAACCGCAAUGGUCACCCGAAUUCGCGGGCGUGACCUGGCCUUCGCUGGUGCCGACCCUGAUGCGUACGUGCAAGCAGUGCUGACUUUGUUGCCUGAAUUGAUGAUAGACAAUGAAAACUUAAGAAGCCUUGAAACGCUUGUCUUAUUAGCUCUCUACAUCGCUCCCCUUGGCCAGCCGCGGCCGGCGGGAAUACUACUUGCUAUGGCUAUGCGAAUGCUGUACAAUAUUGGAGGGAACCGGAACAGGCCAGUCCGUGAUGAGACCUUAGAACAGCGUCAGCACCGUGAACAUGUGCGAGCUCUGUUUUGGUUGUGCUACGCCAUCGACAAAGAAAUGUCGCUUCGAGAGUGCAAGACUCCACUGAUAAACGAUGCAGACUGUGACCUAGAUCUGCCUGCUACUUAUGUAUCGACUUCCUCUGAUCGAUCGUUCUUUCCAGAGCCCUUAUCAACAAAAGAGCUUCUCUUCCCAUCAGACCUUCGUCUUGCCCUAAUGAAAUCCAAAAUCCAAAGUUUGCUGUACUCUGAUCAUGGUAUAGCCCAGCCUGAAGCGAGACGGAUUCAGUACAUCCGUGAGUUAGACCAAGAACUGAGCGAUAUCAAGUCGAACUUUCCGGUUACCUGUCAGCCGGAAGACGUCUUGGACCGAAGCGUGCCCGAUUCAUUGCUCCAUGAUCUAAGUCUACGUGGUGUAAACAUACAUCUAGAAUAUUACUACUGUCUGUCAAAGAUUCAUGGGGCAAGUAGUACCGGUGGUAUUUCGUCACCUCAAAGUUUGUUGUUACUACCAUCUAGUAUGGAGAUUUGCCACGAGUCAGCACGAUCCACCUUACUUUACAUCAGUCGAGUGCGACAUCUUAUGCAACCUGAAACGUUUUGGAUAUAUGCCCAAUUCUUAUUAAGUGCAGUUAUCUCUCUUUUUUGGCAAUUGAUCACCACCGUUCCUCCCGCGCCGACUUUCGAAGAAGACCUGCAGGUUAUAGAAGAGACAGCCAGCAUAUUCACCGAGCUCAAUCGUAAUAUCCAAGAGGGGCGUAGCUUUCCUCCGUUCUAUCUCACUGAACCUUUCAUCCAAAGGUUAAUAUUCUUAGCAAGGCAGUCGCUAUACAGAACUGUGAACCAGCGAUCUACAAAGCAUAAUGAUUGCUCUUGACAAGGAUCAGUCUUGAGCUGUCGUGUCCUAGUGGAAAAGGUGGGAGAAGUCCCGAAUGUUCUACUGCCUGCCGCAGCCCAUGAGAUCAAUGGUCGUAGGUGACCUAAAUCAGAUCAUAUAAUGACAUCAACUUGCUGCGCAAGGAACAAGUGGAAGAGGAAAAAAGAAGACUAGGUAGUACCCACUGAAAGAUGGUUACUUAGGCGAGAGUCGAGGCUAGGCACUCGCUCCUGAAUAGUACGCCACAAGAUUGCUACAUCCAGCAAUGGAGACAACGUUCCUCUUUCUCCAGGUUGCGGAACACACGCAUAUCAUUCAGUGAAUCACCCGGAGUGCUCCUCUCUACAACAAAUCGUGCAUCUUUCGUCUAAUUCAUAUUCUACUUCUCAGUGAUUCUGACACCCUGAGUUACCCUAUUUUGCUCAAUAGACAAAGGAUAUCCAAAGUUCUAUAUCUUGGUGCUUUGCUUUGCAUCUCAGAUCGAUCUACAUACGGAAUACCCUUUAGUAGAUACUCCCAAGGCGGGAUCGAACAGAACAUCCCACACCGCCCAAUUCUGCCGUCAGAACCACUCAUUUUUCCCGUUCCCCUCGCAUUUUCACUACGAUACAGCAUAAAGAAAU